UAGCUGGACACCCCCGAAUUCGUAGUGGGAAUCGCGUUUCACUUUUUAUAAUAAUUGAUUUCCACCCUGUUUUAACCGUUGUAAUUUGUUGUUAAUUAUCUAAAAAUUUACAAAUCUAGCUUAUAUAUUUGUAUCACACUAUCUGUUGGAUCCAGGUAAAUCAAUGAUGACGUAGUCUCGAUCUAGAAGUUGCGAGUUGUCUUUCUCUUAUCUUUCUAUAUCUUUAGAUCGUCAUAUGCCCACUUCCGGUUUUCGGUUUUACAGUUCCCUCCCUCUGCCAUUUAAAAAAAAAAAAAAAAGUAAUUAAUGAGAAUCCCCUCUUUGUUUUCACUUGCACUUAAGCUGAUGCCUAAAUGUGUUAGUAAGCCGGAUAUAUACAAACAAAAAGUUGUAACCCCACAGUUGAAAUCUUUCUAGACUUUUGAUAGCUUCUUCUUUCUAUCACUAUCUAGCGCAGUAUGAAUUAGAAUAUUUUUGCCUUGUAUUAACGACUAACGAUAUUUUUUAAUCAUUUUUUUAACCUUUUUGUUUUCUUUUUUUCUCUCUUUGUCUCUCUCCUUAAUCCCCUUCAUGUUUCCUUACUCUCUCCCUCCUCGAUUCGAUUGGUGCCAAAAAUGACGACCUGUGGGCGCGACUCGCCACACUUGUCGAUGCAGAACGGGUAUGGAUAGCAAUAGCAACAGUUCUGCCGGCCGCGGAAUGAAAACAGAUGUCGGAAUGAGCGGACUGGCCUUGGAUCAGAGCAGCUCUUCCGGUCGCUCAACUCCAACCGACCUGCCGCACAACAAGCUCUUCGUGGGUGGUCUCAGCUGGCAAACGUCGACCGACAAGCUGGGCGAGUACUUUGGCCAGUACGGUACCAUUAUCGACGUUCAGGUGCUCAAGGAUCCUCUCACUCAGAGAAGUCGAGGCUUUGGCUUCAUCACCUUUGCCGAAGCAAGCAGCGUGGAUCGUGUGCUGGCCGUCCCUGCGCACACUCUCAAUGGCAGGAAGAUCGACCCAAAACACGCGACGCCCAAGAACAAUGGCAAAGUGACGUCUUCAUCCAAGACGAGGAAGGUCUUCGUCGGUGGUGUCAGUCAGGACACGUCAGCCGACGAAGUCGAGGACUAUUUCAAUCAAUUUGGACACGUCGAGGAGGCCGUUAUGCUGAUGGACCAGCAGACGAAACGUCACCGCGGAUUCGGAUUCGUCACAUUCGAGAGCGAGAACGUCGUUGAUCGCAUCUGCGAGAUUCACUACCACAUGAUCAAGGACAAGAAGGUGGAAUGCAAGAAAGCCCAGCCCAAGGAGGCCAUUCUGGCUUCGAACACAUCGGCCCUCCUGGCUGCUAAACAUAGCGUUCUUCUCAAUGGUUUCGGCGUCGCUGGAUUGGCUUUGGAAGUGGCUCACGUUCAACAAUCGUCUGUCAUACAGGUAGCCGCUCUGCAUUUUUUGGCCACUCAAGCGGCUCAAGUCCAAGCUGCCGUUGUAGCCCAUCAACAGCAGGCCGCUUUGGCUCAGUCGGCCGUUGCUUCCGCUGGCUACGGAAAACUUGUGUCCAGUUAUCCACCAUUAUCCAGCUACCGCUACAGUCCUUAUUCUCUACCCGGCGCUGCCCAGGGAAACGUCCAGGCUGCAGCUGCAGCCGCCGCCAUGGCUGCCGCUUCUUCCGGUCACCACCAUCAUUACCACGCCAUGUCAACCGCUUCUACAGCCACACAACAGGCGGCCGCCUACCAAGGAUACAACUUGGCCAACGUGGACAUGUCCAGUUUUCAGGGAGUCGACUGGAACCAAAUCUACGGAAUGGGAAUGUAGGGAUAGCUCUUCACUUGACGGAGCAAGAAGUAAGAAAAUAAAAUUGUGUGAAAAUUGACGACUUUUUCUCUCCCUUUCUUGUUCUUUUCCUCUUUCUACCUUCAUCAUUUGUUUUUGUUUGUUUGUUUUUUUGUUCAUUUUUCUCAUUUCUUGUCGAAACCAACGAUGAUACCCUCAUCUUCUCCCGUUAAGAAACUAAUUGUCCUUUCAUUUGUGUUGUGAUAUUAUUUUUAAAUAUCAUUUGUCAUAUUGGUGCCGAAUCGUAAAUUGAACGAGAAAAAAAGAGAGUAAAAAGAAAGAAAUAAUAAUUGAUAAAAAUUCAGAAUGAGCAAUAUGCGUUUUAACUUUUGUCGUCUUUGCAGCGAGCCAUGUUUUUGUCCGUGUUGGCAUAUUUUUUUUUUUUUUUUCCUAACGAUUUGAAAUUAUCAAAUUUAGUAACUUUCACUGCACUGAUCUUAAGUAAAUCAUGAACAAUGUGAAACCCCAAAGUCUCGGACUCCGGAUAGUAAUGAAAGUUACGUUUUUUCACCAUUAUUAUAGUGAUGUAAACAAAAAAUUCAAAAACGUAUUCAGAUUUUUUUUUUUUUUUGCGUUAGUUAGUUUAGUCCCGAGUAAACAAGUGUCAUAUUUCUUUGUCAAAUGUUCAAAUAAUAUAUUUUGUCGAUUGCAACACUAGAUGGCGAAAUGUAUUGUAUUGUUGUCUUGGCCAUGUUAGGACGAACAAAUGUCAAAAAUUAUGUUUG